CACUUAACAGCUCGUUUUCCGUUAUUAGUUUCUGUUCUCAGUUCAAAGCAUUCAGACACUGUCGCCGUUAGUAAUAAUCUUUCAUUUAUGAAUAAAAUGUCAACUUUAAUCAGGAAAUUGGUGAGCACUGCAAAUGCUGCUAAGCCGGUAGCUCCAUACAACCAAGCUGUUGUUGCGGACCGUACAGUCUAUGUGUCUGGAUGUUUGGGUUUGGAUAAGAACACAAUGAAGCUAGUCGAUGGAGUUGCAGCCCAAACAAGUAUGGCUCUAAAGAAUAUGGAAGCUACUCUCAAAGCAGCUGAUUCUGGAAUGGAUAGAAUUGUUAAAAAUACUAUUUUCCUAAAGGAUCUUGAAGAUUUUGGAACAGUCAAUGAAGUUUACAAAACAAUUUUUACGAAAGAGUUUCCAGCUCGUUCUUGUUUCCAAGUCGCUCGUUUGCCAAUGGAUGCUUUGGUGGAAAUUGAAUGCAUUGCAAUGACUGGCGAUGUUAAGACAGUUUCGUGACUAGAUGAAGAGGAGGUGGUUAUUUCAAGACUAUAAAAUAUUCUUUGAAGUAUAAUAUUGAAAAGUUUGUAUUUGAAAUGAUACUGAAUAAAAAGUUAUUUUUUUUGUAAAA